AUGCUGGGGGAGGGCGGAGGGGACGGCGGGGGCCCCGUGAAGGCGGCCAGGUGCAUGUCCUGCGACCUGGAAUGCCCGCUGAGCGUCGGGAUCCUGGGGGAUGAGUUGGAGAGGAUGAAGCCAUCAGAGGAUCCAAUCCCCUGCUCCAGGGACUCGCUGGUGAAGGAGCAGAAUGGGAUGCGGUGCUGGUUGGACGCCAAGGGCCGUGACAAGCUGAUCGUGACACCUAUUCGCCACGUCCGAAGUUUGGCAGAGCUCUCUGACAAAGAAGCUGGGAACAUGUUCCUGGUAGCAGUGGAUCUCCUCCAGGAGCUGAGACUCGCCGACUUUCAGUCCUUGAUUCUGAAUCAUGGGACGUGGCAGAAUCAUGCACACCUUCAUUUGAAGGUGAACAUCAAUCCACGGUGCGCAUCCCCUGGGUUGCCUAAAAGCCCUGGCUCAAACAAGAGGACGGCCUGGGGGCCGUCUGGGGAUCCUAAAUGGUGGUCAGACUGGAUGCUGAAUGUAGGAAAGAAGGACCUGCAACAAAAAUUGAUCAAAUUGCAGGCAUUCAGUGAGUGCUUGCCGGACAACAGGCGAGGACUGCCUUUGGGAUGGACGAACAGCUGCGAGAUGGGUCCAAGAAAGCGGCACUCCUGA